AUGAAGAAGCAGACCACAAUCAAGAACUUCUUCUUGAAGCGUCCAUCCCUUGACGCCGCACAGGAUGAUACCAGUUCGAAGCGCCCGAAACCAGACUCGCAGACAGUGACACCAACGACUGAACGCGCAGACGAAACGAAGGUCAAGGAAAUCACCAAUGCUACCGAUGCACACCUCACUAUCCAGAAGCACAUCCAGGAUAUCACCAACAUCCUCCCCACUCUAAGGGCUGAUGGGGACAGGCUCGUGUACGAGAGCUUACAAAGUGAGCUUCAGCAGCGCCUAGAAGAGCAGCGGCAGAAUGGUGAGGCUGAUACAACAAGAGAAGAGGAGGGCACUAUGAGUGAAGCUGUAGCCACGCAAAGCGCCCUCCCAACCGCAAAACGACUCUCCCCUAGCCCGAGCGCUGGAAACACAUCAAACCCAAACAGGGUGGCGAUCCAGCCAUUCAAAGAACGAGCAACAUGGGUAUGCCCGUACAAAGCAAUUGGACGCUGUAGCCACCCGAAAGGCUACUUCCCAAAGUUCAAGGAGCUUACUUCACAUGUACGACUUAAGCAUGCGAAGAAUGAGCUGGUCACACCUUAUGCUAUCGACCCCAUGCCGGAUGGCACCCUGAAGAUCCCAUGCCCACCCUGUAUCAAGUACCGCAGUCUUUGCCUGCCCAUGGAGCGCACACAAUGGGUCCGAGGGCCGUAUCAGUGCCACAAAGACGAAUGUGGCGGCUUUUUUGCCGACCUUUACGAACUAGCGAUGCAUGAGUCUCGUUGCAAGGGAGAUGGGUCGUCACCAGAGCGUCGAACAUCAUACCGCUUUGCAUUGACUUCGGCUGCUAGGGAAGGUGAGCCUCCGAGCGUCAUAGUCGUCAAUCGCUCUUCGGCCAAAGCCCCGGGAAGCUGGAAGGAUGGUACCGACAGCCUCCAGGAUGGCCUUCCGAACAUCGGCAAGAAAUAUCUAGCUCACUAUGCUGCUUGGACGACCUUCGAUGGGGCUGCAGUGAUCCACAGCUGCUACGACGUCGCCACGCGAUAUCUUCCCUCGCCUGCUGUAGAUGACAGCUUUACAGCUUCAUCACAAAGCUACAGAAUUAAACAGCAUCGCGCAUUUGUCUUUACACAAGCAAUCGUAAACGACAUUGAAGCUGCGAACCAAGCCGGCAUCAGGCCAACUAUACUUUCCGUUGGUGCUGAUGGAUGGUUCUGCGAUGCGAAAGCGAUCGUUCCGUGGCUACAAGCUACUAUCCUGAAGUUCGAUCUGGUUUUGUACCUGAACUGCCUGCCUAACGGCAUAAGCACUAAGUUCGCUGACGAGCACUACGGAGCUUGGUGGAUUCGGUAUGAUCCCCAGCUCAUUCUCAAGGCGCUGGAGUCGGGCUUCGGCCUAGAUGAGAAAGCCGAUGAGCUCAUCGCUGCGUGGAAGAUACUGCAGGACAGUAAGGAUAGCUCCUUCGGCAAGAGCUACGGCCGAAACCACAUCAACCCCAACACUUUAUUCCCUAUACUUGAAUGA